AUGAUAAAAAACUUACAUAGAACUGUUAUUAUCAGAACUUCAAAUAGUCGUAAACAAUCUACUUCGUCUGUUGAUUCUGAUAGCACUUCAACAAAAUCAGAAAUAAAAUUUAAAUAGCCAAUAUUUAUUUAACAGCCUCUUUAACCCUUAAAAGAGGUCAGCGAACCUAAUACUCCAGAUGCUGUGAAAAUUCCAUAGACUUAAAAAGCUAAUUCUAGAAAGUCAAGAUUUUAAAAAGCUAUUCCUUAGACAAAAUAAGAAAGUAGUUCAUCUUCAGACUCAAGUUCAGAUGCAUCUGAACAUAAUAUUUGGAAUGAUGAUGAAAUUUUAUUAAAGGGAGUUCAUUUAGGGGAUUUCUCAUACUUAUCACCAACUGAUGAAUUACAAAUGUUAUACAAAAUAAGAUUUGAAACUUACCCUCACAAAAAAGAAUAAAUUUCAGAGGAAUAGUUAGCGCUUGAAGNAGAAAAGGCUCCUAUAUAUUAAGCUAUCAAAAGAGUUAAUAAUAAAAUUCAAAAGAUAAGCAUUAUUCAUCCACUAGUUGAGGCUUUUGCUUUAAUUAACAUAGAAUUUUUCUGGUUAAUGUGCAUUUAUGAGAAAACACUGAUGAAUAAUAGUUCUAAUAAAUUUGGGAGGCAAAAUAAAAAACUUUAAAUAUUGAAUAUUAAGAAUUUAAGCAUUCUGUUUUAGAAGCUACAUAUGUCUUGGCUGUUUAUUAAAAUAUUUAUUUUUAGAUAAAUUGAAGUUAAAUUAAGAAGCAUUAGCAUCAAAUGA